CAGCGUCUAGUAAAGCGGUGGGCGUUGUAGAGAGUGAAUCUCAGGCCAUCCCCGUUUCAUCAAACGUCUGUCAUCAUGGGUGUACCUGAUCCAACCCGCAUUCUUUCUAUUCAGUCUCAUGUCGUGUCUGGCUACGUAGGCAACCGAGCGGCCACCUUCCCGCUCCAAAUGCUCGGAUACGAUGUGGACGUCAUCAACACCGUCCAAUUCUCAAAUCACACCGGUUAUGGCUACACCAACGGCUGCAAGACCACCGCCGAUGAGCUGACCGCCAUCUUUGAGGGGCUGAGGACCAAUGGGCUUGCAGACUACUCACGAGUCCUCACUGGAUAUAUUCCCGGAGCGGAUGCGCUGGGUGUAGUCGGCAACGAGAUGCGGCGCUUGAUGGAGUCGAAAGGGGUAGUUUAUCUCCUGGACCCUGUGAUGGGUGACAUCGGGAAGGGGCUGUAUGUCAGCUCAGACGUCAUACCUGUGUACAAGGAUUUGCUCAAGAUCGCCACAAUUAUCACACCAAACCAAUUCGAGGCUGAACUCCUCUCUGACGUCAAAAUCACGACGAUGUCCACACUGUGUGACGCUCUUACUGCCCUUCAUACAACCUACGGCGUGAAGCACGUCGCCCUGUCCUCCAUUCCUCUUCCCGUCUCUCUGGUGUCGACACUGGGCGUUCCUCCGCCUCCAACAUCGUAUACGCGCCUGCUUCCCGAAAGCCACCCACCAUGGUACGACGCCGUGGGCGUUGCAGAAGGGAACGAAGAGGUCCUUGUGUGCUUCUCGAGCACAUGCACUAACGGCGAGUUGGAAACGUACGCUUUCGCCCUCCCCACCAUCCGCGGAUACUUCAGUGGCGUAGGCGAUCUCUUCUCAGCCUUAGUGUUAGGCCACUACCUCCGGCCUGAUAACGUGUCUUCCGAUCUUCCACUUCCUCCGCUGGCUUUCGCUGUCUCGCGUGCUCUCCUCACUGUCCAGCAGAUCCUCCUCAGAACGCACAUGUUUUCCUUGAAUGUUGCCGGGUCUGGCACUGCGACUCCAAAACCGUUGCGGGAGGGCACUCCUCCUGCGGACUCGAUCAUCCCUUCCGACACGGAGCUGGAUAACGCCCCUCCACUCAAUCCGUCUGACCCAAAGCGUAGAGCGCGGCGUAUGCGGGUGCGAGAAAUGCGCGUGGUACAGGAGCGCGCGUUGAUAGCCGAUGGGGGAGAGGGCUGGCCUUGUGUCAGAGUAGAUUGGGAGACUGCCAAGUUGAGGUCUGCCCAUACAUCCAUAAGUGAAACUUAGAGACACAACCCUUUGAUGAGAGAUGGCGAGAUAGCAUUUCAACUCUACUCAGAGCGCUCCUCAUCGAGCCAGUCCAGAAACUGCGGAGUAAAGUAGGAGAGAAUGAUCGAGGCGCCUGCUC